UCUCCUCGUAAUUACUCUACGUAUAAAUAUAAUAUUGGGCUUGUACUGUAUUAAAUCUCAGGUGGACAUAUUGUAAUAUUAAAUAUCAUUGGCAUAGCCACCUGUAAGAUUACUUUUAUCACUGUAUUUACUGUGCAUACUGCAGGUUAAUAAUGUAUAUAUUUUUUUUUUAAAAAACGAGCAAAAAAGUGCCCAAAUUUUACAAUUUAGCAAGUGGACUGGUUGCAAUAUUAAAGCACAGAUUACAUCUUAUCAGUGAUAUCAGUCAUAGCCUGUUCGUAAUACUAUAUAACACAGAAUAAGAAAAAAAAUGUUUAAUUAGUGUGUAAUUAAGUGGCCCCAAGGUGAGGUUACAUCAUCCCUGUUGCUAGCAGUUUCUAGUUCUCAAGUAGGCCUUUUUAUUUAUUCAUUUCUUAGCUCCGGUCCCAUUGGUUUGUCUGGACUCCGGUGGACACCAUUUGGGUACUUAAGGAGGAGAAACAGAUCACUUUGCACUCCUUGGGGUCAGCAGACAACAUCCACUGGCUCCGACUUAACUGAAAAUCUUUAUUAUUAAUAUAUAUUCUUGACGCACUUCAUCUACUUUUGCAGUCAUGGAGGACAUCGACUAGAAGGACACCAAUACCCUUUUUUAGGAGUUUGCAACGAUAUAAAUUUAUCUUGUGCGGAGACUUUGUCUCUGCGGACCUUCUAAAUGCCUUUCAUUGAGAAAAGGCUUCGGACAUUCAGUGCUGUGAAUGUGUACAAGCAACAAAUUACUUGAUCAAGAUGGGUAAUAAACAAACGAUAUUUACCGACGAGCAGCUUGAUGCUUAUCAGGUAAGCUUGUACGUCAGUUUGUGUCCAUACCUGUGUUUGGAAUCUGGAUUUCAAGCAAUUCAUUCAAGUGAAUAAUGUUUUAAUGUCUUAAUUAUGUGCAGCCAGUUAAACACAUUACUGGACAACUUUGAAGGCUAAGUGAAGUAAAAAUCUCGGUAAAAUUAAACAUCUUUUUUUUUGUGAUUAUUGCACUCCUGUUGUUAGACUGAUAUAACACAAAUCAUCAUUUUAUUUAUCUUUUUAUUUUCUCACUUAUUGAAAAGGGGGAAAGUCACUCUAACCCUGAUCUAGGAGCUAUUCGGUGGUCCUAGUUCCCCCAUCAAUGUAAUUUAUGACAGACAAAAAACCAUUUCCUACCAUAGUAUCGUCAGCUAUGGCCACAUUUUUAUUUAAAUAUUGAUAAGCAGAUAGCAAAAGGUUUUGAUUUCAUUCCAAACUGGAGGACAUCAUGUAAACUGAUCAUCUGAGAAGAUCUGACCUUUUGUUCCCUGUAACAAAAAUCCAGGUUUUCCCAGGGAGAAAGACAUCUUCAUAUGCACAGGUUUAUCAUGUGAUUCGCCGUGGACUUAAUAAUUGAUGCCAAAGCCAGCGAUGAUGUGCCGUGAAACUCUACUCUCAGGACACAGUUUCUCAAGAGCUUCUCUGGUUACUUCAACUACUCCUAGAGUACCAUUUCUGUUUGUCUAACAGUUGUUAUCUUUAGAGUAUCACUUGAAUUUAAAUCUCUCUUUGGCUCAAAUAGAUCAUUGGAUACUGCAUCAGCUUGCUUCAUUCACCAGGGAAUUUAGAACUCAACAGCUAUAAUUUAACCAGCAUGACUGUAUUGCCAUUUCUAAGUGUCAGCACAUUGUUAUCUCGUGUUAUGGAGCAUAGCAGGUAAGGUUGACUUUAGUAGGUGUAUCAGUGAAAGCAAAAGGUGCUGUCCCUUGAGCUCAUCUGACUGCACUCUGCUUCUAACACCCAGGGGAGUAGCUCAGACAGAAUUCAUACAAAAGACAAAUGUAAACUGAGGUGCCCCCGGUAGAGCCGUUGGAUAAUGCGUGUGCCAGCACAUGCAUGUCAGACAACAGCAGAUUAUGUUCUCAUGUACUUAAACGCAUCAUCGUUUAGGAGAAACCAGACACCUCGCUCAGCGUUUUACAGUAAUGAUUCUUCACAGAUGUGUCAUUGUGAGCAUUUUAUGCAAAUUUCGAUUACACCUUAAAGGAUUUGUCAUCAUGAGCAGCGCUAUAAAACCUUCAAUUCAAAGUAUUUGUUUUUCACAUGCUGUUUUUCUCUCACUGCAGGAUUGCACGUUUUUUACUCGGAAAGAAAUUCUGCGGUUGCAUGGCAGAUACCAUGAGCUGGCUCCACAUCUUGUACCAAUGGACUACACCAAUGAACCUGAUUGUAAACUUCCAUUAGCCUUAAUAGUCAACAUGCCAGAAUUAAAGGAAAAUCCAUUCCGCAACAGGAUCGUGGAGUCAUUCUCAGAGGACGGGAUGGGAAAUCUUAGCUUCAAUGAGUUUGUGGACAUGUUUUCAGUCCUGAGUGAAAUGGCUCCUAGAGAACUCAAGGCCAUAUAUGCCUUUAAAAUAUACGAUUUCAAUGUGGAUAAUUACCUGUGCAAAGAGGACCUGGAAAAGACUCUGAAUAAGCUGACAAAGGAGGAGCUGACUCCUGAAGAAGUUGAGCUGGUGUGUGAGAAAACCAUUGAGGAGGCAGAUUUGGACGGAGACCACAAACUUUCUUUUGCUGACUUUGAAAAUAUGAUAUCCAGGGCCCCGGAUUUUUUAAGUACCUUUCAUAUAAGAAUCUGAGAGGGUUGGAUGGACAGUUUCUAAGUUGGCUGGAGCUCAAGAUUUUACCUGAGCCAUGUCCUGAUCACAGCACAGUGGUUGUCUGUCACUCUCCAUCGUUCCUCUCUGACCUUUACUUCAGUUGGAACUUGAGAAGAUGGAUUCUGAUGAUAGCAAAUUUUCUAAACCUUGUAAUUGUUUAGAAACCAAAAAGGCAGCAUAUCAAAUGUUUGAAUUUGAUGCUAAAAACAAGAAGAAGGGAUAAAAAAAUGAAAAGCGAAAUGCAUUUGCUAUUAAUUGUACUACAUAAUCUAAUUAAAAGUUCAGAGAAGAUGUUGUCUUCUCAAAGAGAUGUCUCUCUAUGCAAGGACAAAACUACAAACCGAUACUGAAUGGCACACUGUGUUAAAAUAUUCGGCAGUGAAUAUCAUUGCUUGGGCUCAGGAACACUUUCAAAACCAUUAUCAGUGAAACUACAUUGCACAUGAUUCCCUGUGAAGUCUUUCUGCAGUAGCACCUCCAGAGACAUCCAGUAUUUAUAGAGCUACAGAUAAAACUUGAAACACAGCAGCAGGAUUAAGGGAUAUUCUAUAGCUAUGCAAUAAAUUAAGUAUUUAUGUUGUUAUUGUGCUCGUACUUUGCUUGAAUAUAAUGACAGCCGUGUUGUACUGUUCUCCAGUUAGAUGAAGGGCUUUGUCAUCCAAACUCUUUGUGGUAGCUUUCAUCAUCUGCCAUUUACACAAGAUGUCAGUUACUGCCAUGUUUUGGAUAUGUAUUUUAUAGUACUUCAUGUAAUGUCUUGUAUUUGUCUUCCUUUGAAUAAAUGUUGUUUU